GUGACACGUUCCGUCAUUCCGGUUGGUCGAGCAGACUCUGCUCUGAACCAUGGGGAUAUAUCAGCGACCCCGGUCUCGACGAUCCAUCCCGCUGCAAUUACGAGACGGCUGCAGUGGAGAAGACGGGGUGGUAUUCUAAGAUUGGAGUCCUGCAGCUGCCUCGUGGUCUCUGCAGCGUCCAUGUCAUGCUCUUGCAUACAGACGUGCGGCUCUGCAAAACAACGAGCCUAAUGUUCUUGGAACACCACGUCAAAACAUGGAGAUCAUGUUGCCAAUGUCUUGGUAGGCUUGGAAAAAUGUCUUGUCGAUGCUUGUCGAUGCUUGUCGAUGCUUGUUUCCAAGACCAAGACGGCAGCUUACCGCUGGGCGCGUGCGACUAAUACCGAUGAAAGCGUGUGGGAGCCAAGAUGCGUCUUGGCAAUUGAUCCUCUGCAGGAUUAAAGACCGGCCUGAACACCCUCCUAAUUUCGUGCCGACUCAAGGCUCGAAAAAUAUCAAAUCGUCGCUUCAGGAGCUGAAAGGCAUGUCGUCGGGACAAAUAGUGGGGGACUUCUGCCGUCCUAUCACCGGGCUGGAAGAACUUCUUGCAUUGACCAAUAGCAGCUGUUGAACGGAGAACGUGGGCCACUUGCACAUGUCAAUUCGUGGGGAGGCUGGGUCAGAACGGGGACCCCUGCCGGUUCGUGCAACGGCGCAUGCCUUCUUCGAGCCUCGCCUCUCCGGAUCUUUCGAAGCUUGACGACGCCCCAACGUCGUUUAGGCUGAGCCAAAGGAGGGUUUUUCGACGCCGCUGUCCUUGGCGCAUAAGGUGAGGGCGUCCUUACUCCUUCAGGUCCCCAUCAUACUGAACGGGGCGUGACGGGGCCCAGGGCCAGACUAUCGUCCAGUAAUUGGGCAUCCGCACGCAUCUGCGUUUGCCUGUUGGGAUUAUCCACGAGAGACACAUGCUCUGAAUGAUUGGCAGCGACCGAUGCCCGGCAUCUCCACCCCCACGGGCUGGCUACUCGAUGGUGGCACUAGAUGGUUGACGAAGGGCGUUUCCGUCACCCUGGCCGAUGAUAAGGUGCCAAUGACAGACGCGGCUUCAGUGCAUCAACAGGCACGGCACGAGGCGGAUCGUCUCUAUGUCUCUCGCUGGGAUAAGGCAGGAUCGAUGUAAUAGCAAGGCUUCGAUACUCUAGUGGACGGAAGGAUCUGGCUGGAACAUCUCGGAUGCUGCUUGAUGUCUACACCCCGCCAAUCACUGGACCCGGAAGGUUCCUCGGCCUGUCAGAGACACCGAGCGCAAAGCGUAUCAAUCUCGGGCUACUGACCCAGGGCACCAGUGAGGGUUGGUCUUUCCAGUCCUUCCCCAUUGCGACAUCCGACCGAAAGCUUCUAGAGCCUGACCCCCAGCCCGUGCUUUUGCCAACAGGCAUCCCUUCCCCUCAGCCCGAGCCUGGGCCGAACUGCAGAGCAUGGAUCUGUAUCAACCUUUUCUCGAACCAGCGAACUUGCCGGAGGUACAUGUGCCUCCAGUUUUGGUUUUCCAGUUGUGCGAACAGACUUCAUUCCGAAAUUCAGCUUCAUUUAUUUGUUCGAGGACAGUGAAUCAUUCAUGAUCAGACGAUCACUUAAAACUCUCCAGCCUCUGAGCAGGCGUUUGCAAAGACACGAGGUCAGCCUUCGAUAUCCGGUCAUGGUAUCGUGACAAGGUGGUGAAUGGGCUGUCUCAUCCUUACCAACAUGUCUGGUAGCCUAGUCAGACUAGACCCGGGGCUACGGGGGCGGUACGUAUUUGACAAGGGAUGGAAUGUUGCUCGUUGCAUGCAGAUACGUACUCAAGUACCUUUCACUAGGGGACCCGCAUGUCUGAAUAUUAAACUGCGAACCUUGUCCACAUCAGCUGCGGUCAGCACGCCGUGCACGCCCUCUCUGUCUUUACCCUUAACCCAUAAGGCUGCCCUCUUUUAUCUUUCCCGGGAGCAUUUCGUAGAUCGACCGUCUCUUCUGCAUCUCAAUUCGGCUCUCGCUCUCCCUCAGCACCACGGGUUUUGUUGCUCAUCGACACCGAAAGAAGAAGAGCUAGACACCGGCCUUCACUUACAAUGGCCGAGUCCACGCAGCCCCGAGCUGUCGACAAGACGUCGGGUGGAAACGCCGCCUACCACAACUUCCACAACGAUUUCCUCCAUGUCCAAGAUCCCAACGAGCGUCGUCGUCUUGCCCUCGCUGAGAUCGACAAGGCUCCUUUCGGUUGGUACCAUGUGAGGGCUAUUCUGGUCGCCGGCGUGGGUUUCUUCACAGACUCCUACGAUAUCUUCGCCGCUUCCCUCCUGACCCUCAUGCUGGGCAUUGUCUACUACCCCGGCGUAGGCAAGAUGCCUGUCAGUUCCGACACGGCCAUCAAGCUUGCUACCAGCGCUGGUACUGUCAUAGGCCAGUUCGGCUUCGGUACUCUCGCUGAUAUUGUCGGCCGCAAGAAGAUGUAUGGUCUGGAGCUUAUGAUCAUCAUCUUCGCGACUGUUGCCCAGGCGCUCACCAGUGGCUCUCCUUCUAUGGAUGUUAUUGGACUCAUCAUCUUCUGGCGAGUGCUCAUGGGAAUCGGCAUCGGUGGUGACUAUCCCUUGUCAUCCAUCAUCACUUCCGAAUUCGCGACCACGAAAUGGAGAGGAGCGAUGAUGGGCGCUGUCUUCGCUAUGCAAGGAAUUGGCCAGCUCGCUGCCGCCUUUGUGAUGCUGUUCGUAACCCUUGGGUUCAAGGACGUUUUGGAGACCUCAUCCAAGCCGGCCAACUGCACUGGUGAUUGUGCCGUCGCCGUGGAUAAGAUGUGGAGAAUCCUCAUCGGAUUCGGCGCUGUCCCCGGCUGCGUCGCUCUCUACUUCCGUCUGACGAUCCCCGAGACUCCCCGAUACACUUUCGACGUCAAGAUGGACGUGGAGAAGGCCGACGAGGACACUAAGCUUUACGUCAGUGGCAAGAGGGGUGAGGCAUCUGUCGACGAGGUCGCCCGCAUGGCUGCCCAGAAGAAUGCCGCGGAGAACAUGAAGGUCGAGAAGGCCAGUUUCAAGGACUUCAUGCGUCACUACGCUGUUCCAAAGAAUGGAAUGCUCCUUGCCGGCUGUGCUCUCUCUUGGUUCUUCCUUGAUGUUGCCUACUACGGUCUUUCUUUGAACAACGCCACGAUUCUCCAGGCCAUUGGCUACUCGACCAAGGGUGCUAAGACCACUUACGAGGUCCUUUACAACACCGCGAUUGGCAACCUGAUCAUCGUCCUGGCCGGGGCCGUGCCCGGAUACUGGGUCACCGUCGCCACCGUCGACACGCUGGGCCGCAAGCCGAUCCAGCUGGGCGGCUUCAUAAUCCUCACGAUCCUGUUCAUCGUCAUGGGCUUCGCCUACGACAAGCUGGGCCAGAACGGCCUGCUGGCGAUCUACGUGCUGGCGCAGUUCUUCUUCAACUUCGGGCCCAACUCGACCACCUUCAUCGUGCCCGGCGAGUGCUUCCCGACCCGGUACCGGUCCACGUCGCACGGCAUCUCGGCCGCGUCGGGCAAGAUCGGCUCCAUCAUCGGCCAGGGCGCCAUCGCCCCGCUGCGCACGCGCGGCGCCACCGCGGACAACGCCAACCCGUGGCUGAACCACGUGCUCGAGAUCUUUGCGCUCUUCAUGCUGUGCGGCGUCUUCUCGACGCUCAUGAUCAAGGAGACCAAGCGCAAGACCCUCGAGGAGCUCGCCGAGGAGGACGACUACGCCGCCACGCGGGGGCUCCCCUCGCAGGCCGGGUCCGGCGAGGGCGUCCUCGAGAAGGACAGGGACGCGCGGACGCCCGAGGAGAGCGUCUAGGCUGGUUGGACACCAGAGCGAUUAUAAACUUGCGUCGAUUUUCCCUUAUGUUGUUGUGGAUACGCACACGCGAACACAUACACCACCCUGCGCACCGGCGGUGGUGCUACAAAAGAAUACCCAGUCUUUGUUAAUAUGGCAUGGUUGCAUACUAGUAGUGGUUAGUUAAUAGAAUGCGAGAACGGCCUCUUUCCUGCUGUACACAAGAAGCUAGCUACUAGUGUGCACAUGCCUGGAACCAUGAAUUACAUCUUUUGCCAUGUCGGGCGAAGUUGCCUCGGCAUGCGUCAACUGUCUUGGGCUUUGCCGCGGACCAUUGCCGCGCGCGCGCGGCGAUCGAUACGCAUCAAAUGCUGAGCCGCGCGCUGCUUGGCCUUAUCAGGCUGGUCUGCCGGCACCUGAAACUGUCAAAAGGGAAAAGCAAACAACCAUGUCCAGCUGGACCUCUGUGCGGUGUGCAGACACACACCCGGGCAUGGAUCGGUGCUAAUUCCUGACACUGACAGGUUCGAAGCCCCCUCCCCCGCCUUCCUCCUCUCUGUCUGUCUGCAUAAAACCUACCGUUACGUGCGCCGUCCGGCGCCCGAUGUUGGAGCCGAGCCGUGAGGUUGUAUCGAUCCGACCUCCCGCUGCGACGGGCCAUUCUAGGCCAGGGCGCCGGUCUCAGAGACCCUCGGACUGGUCUGACAGGUUACAACGACACACGAGUCUUUCUGUCUGGUGACUGU